CCUGGGCAUGAGCAGCACUUUUCGGGGGCCUGGUGCCCCUGAGCCACAUGCUGGGACAGCUCUGCUUGCAUAGAUGAGCACCACAAGGACAAGCUGGCCACUGCCAGACGCCUCCACGGCCAGAGCCAAACAAGCGCCCAUGACCAAAAUAGCCGUCAGAUGACCAGAGAGCCUGCUCACUAGCUUCUGCCCAAAGGCAAGCUGCUCGCAGCAGCUGCAGCUAAAAAUAAGCAAGAAGGGCAUCCAUCUUCGGGAGAAUCUCAAGGGGAGAGCUCCGUCUUGCUUUUGGGCCACUGCAUGCGGGCACGAUGAGGUCGCUGCGCUCUAUUUCUGCUGAGGCCCUGGUGUCUCACCCCCAGGUGGCCCAGCAGAGCCUGGACAGUGUCGCCCACAACCUCUACCCACUCCUGUUCAAAGCCAGCUACUUGCUGGAGCAGGCGGUGGUGAUCCGAGCCCUGUUGGAGCGCUGGCCCCUGGAGGAGUUCCGGCUGAGCGUGCUGCUCGGGCCGCACUCUGAACCGCCGGUGGACCUGCGGGACCGCACCUGCAGGCCCUGCCUGGAGGCUUGCGUGCAGGGCCUCGCAGACCACGUGCUCCGGGCCGCGGGCCCAUGGCGGCUGCGCGUGGCUGACCUCACGGGUGUCCGAGACGUGCAGGUGCAGCAGUGCCCCUGCGGGAGGGCUCUGGGCAGGUGGGGCCGCACCGAGCUGCUGGCCAGGACCUGCUGCCAGCUGCAGGCGGCGUCCCUUGUGGUCCGGCCCCCCGUGCGGGUCCUCACUGAUCUCUUUGUCACAGAGGGCAAUUUCGAGCUGGUGCUGCGUGCCCUGGGGCCUGGCCCUGCACCGCUGCGCGUGCACUGCCUUUCUUUCCGAGCAGACAGUCUGGGCCCCAGCCAGCUAAUGCAGGUGCUGCGUCUGGCAGGGCCAGGUGAACUGCACAGGCUAGAGGUCGUGCACAACGUGCGGCUACAUGCUGGCCAUGUGCAGCAGCUGCUGGCCCAGGUGGGCUUCCCACGGCUGGCCUCACUCACGCUGCCUGCCAAGGCUUUCGACGCGCCCCCAAGCAGCACCCUGAGCCCUGACCGCGCGGACCGCCUCCUUACCUCCAUCGCCUGGGAACUCAGCCAGAUGAGCCAGCUCAACGAGCUGAGUGUGGCCUUCUCCACGCUGACAGGAAAGAUUCCGAAACUGCUCGGCCCCCUACAGACGCCACUGAGGACCCUGGACCUGGCCAACUGCUCCCUGAACCACGAAGAUAUGGCCUUCUUGGCAGACUGCACCCAUGCCGCGCACCUGGAGGUCCUCGACCUCAGUGGGCACAGCCUGUUCAGCCUGUUCCCCUCCACCUUCUUCCGGCUGCUGGGCUGGGCCGCCCAGACACUGCGGGUCCUCACCAUGGAGGAAUGCGACAUCGAAGACAGCCAUGUGAGCAUGCUGAUCCUGGCCCUGAGCCCCUGCCAUGAGCUGUGCGAGCUCCGCUUCCUGGGGAACCCCCUGUCGGCCCGGGCCCUGAGGCGCCUCUUCGUGGCUCUCUGUGAGCUGCCCAAACUGCGGCGUGCAGAGUUCCCAGUGCCCAAGGACUGCUACCCUGAGGGUACUGCCUACCCCCAGGACGACCUAGCCAUGUCCAAGUUCGACCAGCAGAAAUAUGACGCGAUUGCUGAGGACCUCCGUGCAGUGCUGCUUCGGGCUGGUCGGGGCGACAUCCAGGUGUGCACGCCCCUCUUCGGAAGUUUCGACCCAGAUAUCCAAGAAACAAGCAACGAACUUGGAGCUUUCCUGCUGCGAGCUUUCAAAGCUGCUCUAGAGAACUUCUCCAGAGCACUGGAACAAAUGGAGUAGGCCCUUGAGCAGA